ACAAAAAAAAUGGUCCUGUUAAAAAAUACGUAUAAUAUGUUCUUAUUCGUGUUUAAAGUUUCUUCAAUAGUUUUUACUAUAAUACUGCAAUGGUCUGAAGCUACUGAAUGUGGACCAGCACCAUUCAACUGUUGUCCUGAAACUCUAGCCUAUAGAACCAUUGAUGGAACCUGCAAUAAUCUUAAUCACAUCACAUGGGGUGCAGCUGGAAGACCAUAUGAUAGACUUACCUCGGGAUGGUUUGACACAGAUGGUAUCUCGAUGGCAAAAUCUUGUUGUGCCACCAAUCAACAUCUACCCAGUGCACGAUUAGUGAGACUAAAGAUUUUUACAGAUGAUGUGAUAGCGACAGAUUUUAACGUUACUAGAAAUAUACUAAGCUGCCUAAAAUUUUUUAUAGCAGAUAUAGGGAACCUACAACAAUUUUCGGCUCCUGCUCCUUGUUGCUCAUGUAACCAACAGUUAUCAGAUCCUCUGCCAUACUGCAGUUACAUACCCAUACCAGUCGAUGAUCCUGUAUAUACAGAAGUGGGGGCUGAUUGUAUGGGAGUUGUAAAAGGAAUAUCAAAUCUAGACCUCGGUUGUACUUACUCAUAUGGAUCUGGGCCAGGUUAUAUAUCAACUGCAAGUUUCUGGAUGGAUAUGUCACAGUUAUACGGUUCAUGUAAAGCUGAAAAUGACGCGGUGAGAAAAUUUGAUCUGGGAGAACUGGACUUAGAAAAAAGAAACGGUAAUUACUACUAUCGAAAUUCUACAAGCAGAUCGCAAUGUGCCAUUCCCCCUGGAACUGAUGAAGUUUGCUAUGCGACUGCGGACCCCAAUGGUAACAGACUGCCAGAUUUUACAACUUAUUUAACAGUAGCUGCAAGAGAGCAUAACAAAAUUGCUUGUAUUCUUAGAACUAUGAAUAAAUGUUGGGAUGAUGAAAAAAUCUACCAAGAAGCUAAACGAAUUCAUAUUGCCGUAUACCAGCGCAUUAUGUUUUAUGACGUAUUACCUCUAAUUUUGGGAAAACAAAAUAUGAUAGACGCUGGAUUAAUAAAUCCAUAUAGUGCGUGUUCCAAUGAUUAUGAUCCAAAUUGUAGACCUGAUUUGACUAUCGAGUUCUCUCAUGGUGCUAUGAAAGGUUUGCAUACAAUGGCCAGAGGAAGGGUACUGUUGAUGACAGAUAAUCUGGAAGUUCAUGGUGUAUUAAGCUUGUCGGAUUACUUGAAUCGUCCUUCAUUUCUGGAAGAGAACAAUAAUUUAGAUAAAGCUAUUUAUGGUUUUAAUGGUGCACAUAUUAACGCUGUGGGUGGUGCAGUGGAUUCUGUCCUACUUAACCAUUUUGACAUGCGUUGUUCAAAAGUUGCAUCGGAUUGGAUUGCCAUGGAUAUUCAGCGAAAUAGAUUGCUUGGGAUCUCAUCAUACAAUGACAUUCUUGAAUUCCAAGGAAGACCUAGAGUUGUCAAGUUUUCAGAUCUAUUAAAUGUGAUGACACCAUCGAACGUCAACAAACUUGCUUCAAUUUAUGCCUGCCCAGACGACAUAGAACUUCAUGCAGCAAUUCUGGAAAUUCCCGUCCCAGGAAGCAAGUUUGGACCAACCUUUCAGACAAUGGUAAUAGAACAGUUAAAGCGUACAAGGAAUGGUGAUAGAUUUUGGUAUGAGUUUCCCACUUCGGGAUUUAGUGAAGCACAGAUAAAGGAAAUACAGAAAAAAACGUUGGCCAGAAUUUAUUGCGAUUCCGGUAACGAUAUACAAAAUAUGCAGAUGGAUGUUAUGCAACCUACUGAUUCAAUAACUAACCCAAUCGUGCCUUGCAGUCUCAUUCCCGAUAUCAACUAUAAUUUAUGGAAAGAUGAUCAUUGUCUAACCUAUUAAAUAUUAAAAUAUGUAUAUUGAUAUGAUAAUAAACAAUACAUAGUA